AUGUCGAAUCGAUUCUCGAUCUUUUCCACUACCUCGAAUCCUGGUCUUCCAAAGUCUGCUUCUCAGAUUUCCACAACUACCUUGCUCAAUUCACUCCACAAUUCAUAUUCGACAGCUCAACCAUAUCCGCUUGAAGCUGGGACAAGUCUGGUCGUGAACACAUGGCUAACAGUAUCUCAUUUGAAUCCGGAUGGCACGCCGGGUGGUAUCGUUGAUCCCCAGCUAGGCCAGAGAGCGUGGGAACACGCGCGACGCAGAGCAGAGGAUGGUUGUAUUGUGCUAAGUGCCCUUCAUCGAUCCUGUCCUACCUUGCUGCCAUCGUUCCUCUCUGUCUUACCGCUAUCGACACCCGAAAUACUAUACGCCUCUCUCAAUGCUAUUCGCCCGUUUGUUACCGCAGUCACGCCUUUCAACCCGUCAUACUCUCUUUACUCAUCCUUGGCGGUGUCCUACACAUUUACGCUUGCUGGCAAUGUCACCGGCUUGACACUCGCAUUAUCUAAGUCGGGGCUCAAUCUUACGAGGGGCUUGCUGGAUGUACCUGCCGAGCCUGGCUAUCGCGCCUUCGACGUCUUUUAUUAUCUGAUAAAUGCCGAGUCUAGCCAGGCAGAGAAAGAGUAUCUCGAUCUUAAAGAGCCUUCUACCUACUCGAUCUUGAACAAAUCUGGGACUUACGAACCCCCCUCAUUUUUACCGACCGCAGACGAUGCUGCCGCGGCCGAAGACUUUCGUUCGGCUCUCAAAGCCAUUGGAAUAAGAGGGGCCGCACAAAGAGGCCUCUUGUCGAUCUUGGCCGGUAUUCUCAAGUUAGGAAACACUCUCGGAUUUCUGGUUGAUGAAGAAGACCUCGAACAUGUUUGUGAAGAAGCGGCCGAACUUCUAGGCGUGGAUCCCGAAGCUUUACUUCACGGCUGUUCUACUGAUGACCGCACGGUGCUCGUUACAGGCAUUUAUGAGGCCUUGGUCGAUUGGGUUAUAAACAAGGCCAAUGAAGCGAUUGCCACGCAGAUCAAAGCUGACCAGGAAAACGAAUCCAGCGACGGCUCGGGUGCUCCAUGGCACACCGAAGACGCUUCAGAUACUGUGACGCUCACUGUUGUUGACAUCCCAAGCCCGCCUCUUGGCAAGGCUGCCGCUCUCCAGGGUGUGUUCAAUGAUGAACAAGGUAUCAAUGCUGAAAUGAAGGAGGAUGGCGUGGAGAUCGUCAGCCCCGGCCAAUCAGUCAUAAAUGAGAUGAAAAACGCUGUCGCCGAAGUCGAGGCUGAUCUUGGGAUAACAGAUAGCGUUGCCUUCCGUGAACGCGAACAUCUUAAUGAUAAGAGACAGGGCGUGCUAGAGAAAGUUGGAGUCGAGGUGGAGAUUGGUGGUUUUCUCAGGGACAUUCUAUUCCCUGACCCAAACGAAGGUAUAACCCUUGGGAAGCGUGGUCGUUUUGACCUUGCAGCUACCUUGGGUAGUAGCAGAGUGUGGUAUCAUCUUGCUGUUCAUCCUACAGAUGAUACACCUGAGAGUUUCGCAGCAUCACCUAGCACAUCUCCAUGGUCCGCUGGAGCGGUUUCCCGUCAACUGCGAGAUUGGCGACUCCCUGAAUGGGCCAAUAGACGACAUAAACAUCUUGAUUUCACUGCCGACUUUGAUGUGGACGAAUUUGUGACCAGAUAUGCGCCUCUGGGUUGCAAGGAGGGAAAGGAUGGCGUCGAAAGCUGGAUACUCGAGAGAGGAUGGAGCAAUGGAGACGUAGUUGUUGGGAAGGAACGGAUCUGGAUGCGAGAAGGCGCUUGGUGGGAAGCCGAGUCAAUGCUCGAUCUCAAACCUCCCGGCGAUAUGCCAAUUAACCCUUUCGAGAGCGGUUAUUCCGCGACACCUCCGAACCCCAAUGGAUCAGGCUUUUUCCCAGCGAUGCCCAUCGCGGAUAGUAGCAGCUUCAUAGCCAGCCGUGACAAUCUCCUCAACGUCAACAGGCAAAGCACAAUGUCUCCAGGCAUGGCUCGUUCAAUCGCCCCAACUAAUAAUCAGACACUACGCUCAAUGGGCGGUGGUGACUAUGGGCUAGGCUCCAAGGGCGAUGAUUACAAAGGCGACGAUGCCUAUUAUGAGGCCGAGUUGAAUCGUCUCGCCGGGGAUCCUGAAUUUGGUCAGCCCAAACAUAUUGAAAAAAAGAAAAUCACUUUGGGCCGACGUCUCUGGACCGCAUUAGUGUGGGCAUUGACUUUUUGGAUUCCUUCAUUCGCUCUGCGAUACAUUGGGCGAAUGAAGAGACCAGAUAUUCGCAUGGCUUGGCGAGAGAAAGUCGUACUGGUAGCCCUCAUUCUUUUCUUCAAUGGGGUUAUGGUUUUCUGGAUUAUCGAGUUUGGAACCCUUCUUUGUCCCAACAAAAAUAAAGUCUGGAACGAGCAAGAACUCAGCUACAAUCAGGGUGACAAUGAUUUCUACGUCGGCGUUCGCGGCACGGUCUAUGAUAUCAGCAAAUUCUGGCGGACCCAACAUAGUGACACAACCACAACGACUAGUGCAACAAAUAUGCAGUGGGCUGCAGGAGAGAUCUUGGAUCCUUACUUUCCCGUACCUCUGACUCAAGGCUGCGCGGCAUUUGUAUCGGACACUUCUAUCACUUUAUCACACAACAACACUGAUGCCACCCCUGAGGUGACAGCUGUUCACACCAGCGGACCUCUGCAAACCGUUACCGACUCUGCACUACACAACAUCACGUGGUAUGCUGAUAGGUUUCUUCCCUUUAUGGCCCAGUACUACAAAGGAGAUAUCGUGUGGACGAGAGACACGAUCACUAAUCAGGCAAAUAAUGACGCCAGAUACUGGGUAAUUAUCAACGAUGGAGUAUACGAUUUGACCGACUACUUUUACACCGCUUCUUUGAUGAAUGAUCUAGACACGUACGAUUUUCUACCAAGCGCCGUGACGACUCUAAUCAAACAAAACGUGGGCUCAGAUAUUACCGACAAGUGGCAGAACUCUGUCCAGUUUCAGAAUGCUCUUACUUGCAUGAAGAAUGUUUUCUAUGUCGGAAAGGUGGAUUUCAGACAGUCUGCAAGAUGUACAGUCAACAACUGGAUUCUGCUUGCUUUCACGAUCGUUGUUUGCUCCGUCAUUCUUGUAAAAUUUUUGGCUGCACUUCAGUUUGGCUCAAAGCCUCGUCCGGCUCCUCAGGACAAAUUUGUCAUCUGCCAGGUUCCAGCAUAUACGGAAGGCGAAGACUCAUUGCGAAAAGGUCUGGACUCGCUUACAGCUCUUCAGUAUGAUAACAAGAGAAAGCUCAUUUGCGUUGUCUGUGACGGAAUGAUUGUUGGAGGUGGAAAUGAUCGACCGACUCCAAAGAUCGUGCUUGACAUCCUCGGCGUAGACCCGAAGGUCGAUCCACCAGCUCUGCCAUUCAGAUCCGUUGGCGAAGGAAGUGACCAAUUGAACUACGGUAAAGUCUAUUCUGGUUUGUAUGAAUUCGAAGGCAACGUUGUUCCGUACAUUGUCAUCGUUAAAGUCGGAAAGGAAUCAGAGCAGUCAAAGUCCAAGCCAGGAAAUCGUGGAAAGCGUGAUUCCCAGGUUCUUUUGCUCAACUUCCUCAACCGCGUGCACCAUAGGGCACCGAUGUCGCCGCUGGAAUUGGAAAUUUUCCAUCAAAUUAACAACGUGAUUGGUGUCGACCCCGAGCUUUACGAGUUCCUUUUCAUGGUCGAUGCCGAUACUAGUGUCAAAGAGGAUUCGCUCAACCGACUUGUGGCCGCUUGCGCCAACGAUGCCAGAAUUGCGGGUAUUUGUGGUGAAACUAGUCUACAGAACGAAGAAAGAAGUUGGUGGACGAUGAUUCAGGUUUACGAAUACUAUAUUUCCCAUCAUCUCUCCAAAGCUUUUGAAUCCUUAUUCGGCAGUGUCACUUGUCUUCCUGGAUGUUUCUGCAUGUACCGUCUGAGGACAGCUGAUAAAGGUCGACCAUUAAUCAUCUCUGAUAAGGUCAUCAAGGAGUACUCUGAUGGUGAUCUUGAUACCUUGCAUAAGAAGAAUCUUCUGGCCUUAGGAGAGGAUCGAUUCCUUACAACGCUUAUGGCAAAACACUUCCCUACCAUGUCCUACAAGUUCAUUGCCGAUGCCUAUGCCAGCACUGCUGCGCCUGAAACAUGGAGUGUGCUUUUGUCUCAAAGGCGUCGCUGGAUCAACUCCACUAUACACAACCUGGUAGAGUUGGCUGCUCUCAAGGAUCUGUGCGGGUUCUGCUGUUUUAGCAUGCGUUUCAUCGUCUUGAUCGAUCUCUUGGGUACAAUUAUCCUUCCUGCCACCUGCGCGUACUUGAUUUACCUUAUCUAUCUGGUUGCUAGCCAUAAAGGUGACUUUGGUAUCAUCUCCAUCGUCUUGUUGGCUGCCGUCUACGGUCUUCAGGCUGUCCUCUUUAUUCUUAAGCGUCAGUGGCAGCAUAUUGGUUGGAUGAUCAUAUACUUGUGUGCUUUCCCAAUUUACUCUGUUGUACUGCCUCUUUACUCGUUCUGGAAACAAGACGACUUCACGUGGGGAAACACGCGUGUUGUCAUCGGAGAAAAAGGCGAUCAACGUGUUGUGGCUGUGGAAGACGAACCAUUUGACCCCAGAAGCAUUCCUCUCCAAAGAUGGGAUGACUACGCCUUGGCAAAUAACCUACCUGGUCGACGUGGUAACCCCGAAUAUGGUGAAGAGAAGCAGCCUAUGCACUACACUGAUGAAGCCGCCAUGGAGAUGGACGAUUUCCGCUCGACAUAUUCGUCUGUAAAGCCAGCAUCCACUAUCUUGACAGGCUUCCCUGGUGGCCGUGGCCCGUACAUGCCUCCCCAGUCUCCUGCUCCGUUUGGUGGAAAUAACAACCGCAACUCGCGAAUGUCGUCUUUCACACGAUACACUGACGCCCCUCAACUCGGUGGUCACGCCCAACGUCAUAUGUCUAUGGGUAAUCUGAGCAGCUACCAGGAUAACGCGAUGAAUGCAAGUAGAUUAAGCAUGCCUAUGAUGCAAAGCUCCGAUAAUCUCUUGGGUGUACCAGGUCGACAGCGAAGCCCUCUAGGCGGUGGCUACGGCUCUCGGCCCGUAAGCACCGUGAUGGACUUCCGAACUGGACCUGGUCAUGGACCUGAUGAUCAUACGAUUGUGGAGGCUAUCCGCCAGGUUUUGGGUGAGGUCGAUCUUGACAACGUCACCAAGAAGCAAGUGAGAGCUCUUGUCGAACAACGACUCCAGACCGAAUUGACUGGCGACCGACGCACUUUUGUUGAUUCUCAAAUUGACCAAGAACUCGCCAACAUGUGA